CAUUGGCAGUCCCCCCCUGUCGUCAUAGCACCAUAGUACGGCUCUGACACUACCGAGAGAGAGAGAGGGGCACAAUAAACAGAAGACAUCUAUGUCUGACAGCGAGGCAGCGAAGACCGUAAUUUAAACCGCGCGUCUUUGCUCCCCAAGUAGAAACCCUCCUCACCCCAUGAACGGUGCCGGUGACACGGGGUUUAACGUCCUCUAAAGACGGUGACAGGGCGAGGAGGGAAGCUUGCCUUCCGGGGUAUUCAGCGAAGCAGCAGCUGAAGCAGAGUUGAUUUGGUUUUGACCACUGGAGGACCCACCACUAACUAGCCGGAUCUGAGGAACCAGACAGAACAGAGACCACACACCUCCGACUACCUGACAUCAGAACCGAGAAGUAAACAAACAACAACAACAGCGCCAUGCAUACCUCCACCGUCUUCCUCCUCCCCUUCUUCCUCCUCUCUCUCCUCGCCUCUUCCUCUUCCCAGAGCGACUCUCCGGAACUCAUCGUCACCAUGCUGGCAGGACGCGUCCGCGGCGUCCGACUACCGACGCCGGACCGGAGUCACGUGACCGCUUUCCUCGGAAUCCCAUUUGCGGAGCCCCCACUGGGCAAGAAGCGCUUCCGAAAGGCGGAGCCCAAGAAGCCGUGGUCGGACUUGUUAGAAGCUAGCUCCUACCCAAAUGCCUGCUACCAGUUCGUUGACACCUCUUUCCCCGGGUUCCAGGGAAGCGAGAUGUGGAACCCCAACAGGGAGAUGAGCGAGGACUGCCUCUACCUCAAUGUCUGGGUCCCCGCCUCCCCCAGACCUCACAACCUCACCGUGAUGGUAUGGAUCUACGGAGGGGGGUUCUACAGCGGCUCCUCGUCCCUGGAUGUGUACGACGGGCGCUACCUGGCUCACUCGGAGAGGGUGGUGGUGGUCUCCAUGAACUACCGUAUCGGGGCCUUUGGGUUCCUGGCUCUCCACGGCUCCUCGGAGGCCCCUGGGAACGUGGGGCUCCUAGACCAACGCAUGGCCCUCCAGUGGGUCCAGGAUAACAUACACUUCUUUGGGGGAAACCCCAAACAGGUGACCAUCUUUGGGGAGAGUGCCGGAGCAGUCUCUGUUGGGAUGCACCUCCUGUCUCCCGACAGUCGUCCCACCUUCACCCGAGCCAUCCUCCAGAGUGGAGCCCCAAACUGCCCCUGGGCCACUGUUACGCCAGCUGAAGCCCACCGGAGGGCCGUCAUGUUGGGGAAGCUCGUCGGCUGCCCCUCUGGGGGUAACGAUACGGAGCUGGUGGACUGUCUUCGCAACAAGCCCCCGCAGGAGCUCAUUGACCAGGAGUGGCAGGUCAUGCCGUGGUCUGCCAUCUUCCGUUUCUCCUUUGUGCCCGUCAUCGAUGGCGUGGUCCUUCCAGACAACCCCGAGGCCAUGCUCAGCUCAGGCAACUUCAAGGACACCCAAAUCCUGCUGGGGGUCAACCAGGAUGAGGGGUCCUUCUUCCUCCUUUAUGGAGCCCCCGGCUUCAGCAAGGACAAUGAGUCACUGAUCUCACGCGAGGACUUCCUGGAAAGCGUGAAGCUGAGUGUUCCGCAUGCCAACGAGAUCGGCCAGGAGGCCGUGGUGCUGCAGUAUACUGACUGGUUCGAUGAGAACAAUGGGGCAAAGAACCGUGAUGCCCUGGAUGAUGUGGUCGGAGACCAUAAUGUCAUCUGCCCCCUGCAGCACUUUGCCAGGAGCUAUGCCCAGUUUCACUCUAACCAGGGUGCCAACAAUGGCCAACAAGCAGGCAACGCUGGGGCCACGAAGGAUGGGAACUCACAAGGUGGAGUGUACCUGUACCUGUUUGACCACCGUGCGUCUAACCUGGCGUGGCCUGAGUGGAUGGGCGUUAUCCAUGGUUACGAGAUAGAGUUUGUGUUCGGCAUGCCGCUGGAGAAGAGACUGAACUACACAGCAGAGGAGGAGAAACUGAGCCGACGCAUGAUGAGAUACUGGGCCAACUUUGCACGCACCGGUAACCCCAAUAUCAACUUUGAUGGCAGUGUGGAUAGCAGGCGGAAGUGGCCCCAGUUCACCAACAGUGAACAGAAACACGUGGGUCUGAACACGGAAUCCCUGAAGAUCCACAAGGGCCUGCGGAAUCAGCUGUGUGCAUUUUGGAACCGCUUCCUGCCACGCCUCCUCAACAUCACCGAUAACAUAGACGAGGCGGAGCGUCAGUGGAAGGUGGAGUUCCAUCGUUGGUCCUCCUACAUGAUGCACUGGAAGAGCCAGUUCGACCAUUACAGCAAGCAGGAGCGCUGCACUGACCUCUGAGGAGAGCGAGAGAUAAUGACGACCAUGUCCUUCCAUAGUUUCCUACAUUUCUUCAUGUGAUAUGAUUUGUUAAGGCUUGCAUUUAACUUGAUGAAGGCCAAACAGUGGAUUCCUUUCCCCCACAAAAUCACAUUUUACUGUAUCACAAAUCAUAUUUUCUGUGUUUUUUGUUUUUGUUUCCAUUGCGGAUGUUUGGCUACCUAUAACACGUCCAUAAGCUGACAUUUUAUCAGCAUCAGAUUUAUUAUGGAAGGAGGUGGUCAUUGAUGAAGGCUGUGAAAAGGUGAACAUUUCAAAUGUGUGUCAAUACAGUACCUCUGAAGACUGCGUGUGUGUGUGUGUGUGUGUGUGUGUGUGUGUGUGUGUGUGUGUGUGUGUGUGUGUGUGUGCGUGCGUGUGCAUGCAUCUGUGGGCAUGCAUGCGUGUGUGUGUGCGCGCGGAAGUGUGGUACGACUGAACCUCUGUGAUCCACAUCACUUUUUUUUUUCUUUUUUUACUUAACUUUAUUAUUUUCCAGUUGAUACAAAUCUCGUUAUCUGCUUAUUUUUAAUUAUUUUUAUUUAAAACAGCUAUUUUGACCACUUUUCCACUGUCUAUCUAUGUAUCCGUUCACUUGUCGUUCGUCUAUCUGACCUUCCUUCUUUCUUUCUCUCUGGCUGUAUUAGUUAGGUGAUCUGUUGUUGUAUCUGUGUAGUGUCUUCUUCUGUCUCAAAUGACACCCUAUUCCCUAUAUAGUGCACUACUAAGCUCUGGUUGAAAGUAGUACACUCCAUAUGGAAAAGGGUGGGAUUCGGAAUACAAUCUGGGUCUGUAGAGCGUCUUCUUUUGCAUCUCUAAUUACACCCUAUUCCCUACAUGGUGCACUACUAAGCUCUGGUCGAAAGUAGUACAUGGAAUAGGGUGUGGUUUGGGAUGUAGUCUGGGUGGGUCCAAACCUAAAACCUUUGAUCAAUUAUUAUAGGAAUCUGGAGCCAUGUAAAUCCCUGUUUGCUGGGUUAGAAAAGAACUACACUGAAAAAAAACGAUUAGACUGUGUGUGUGUCUGUGUGAGUUACACUACAUGGAUAUACACAGACAAGUGCAUACAAAGUUCAUACACACACACACACUAUCGCUCUCUCACAUACUGACACACACACCGGCUCACGCACACACAGAGUGGAUUGAAAAACGUGCACAGAGGACAAAUAUUCACAUGUUCAGUGAUCAACAAGAUAGACAUGUAGUCAUGUUAUAUGUCACACGUCUAUCUUGUUGAUCGCUGAACUUGUGAGUAUUGGUCCUCAGUGCACGUUUUUCAAUCCACUCUGUGUGUGUGUGUGUGUGUGUGUGUGUGUGUGUGUGUGUGUUUCGUUGUGUGAUAGAGCAAUGAUGUGAAAUUUGUAUGCACUUGUCAGUGUAUAUCCACAUACCUCUGUCAAUCACCUAUAUGUAGCCAAGCACUCGUGAAUGUCAGUCACACCCACUGUUGUUUGUUCUAGCGUCAGAAUGCAGUAAAGUAUUAUAUAUUGUGGAUGUGCAUACCACUGAUGUUGUCUGUGUCUCGCUCCCCUCCAUCUCUCUCUUUUGUCCUAUCCAACUCUCUCCCGUCUCAACCACCCCCCCAUCCUCCAUCUCUCCGUGUCCCCAGAGGACGAACGGUUCUCGUUAGUCUAAUGGAGGCUGAAGUAAUUCACUCAGUGUGUGUGUGUGUGUGUAAUUCACUCAGUGCUCCAGUAAAACGACAGGAUGCUGCGUCAGCCAUUCACUGGCUAUGAGACUGACAGGCCUGCUUGGGCUGUACUGCUGCAGUGGCUGGGGCUGAUGGAGAGAGCGGGAGGAGAGAGGGAGGGGGGUGGUGAGUGGGAAAUGGAGAGAGAGAGGGUAAAGAUAAAAGGAGAGAGGGAGAUGGAGGGAAAGAAUAAAACAGGGUUACGUACUCCACUCGUCUAUAUUAAGGUUAUUUAUUAUUAAUGUGACAUAUACGUACUAUCUAGGUGUGAGUUUCUACUCAUCUUUUUCAGUAUUUUAUUUUGCAGUUGCAUUCUUCAGGUUUAAACCAACUACAGAUGUCAGAGUAUAAGAGACUGUCUGGAGUGUUUAUCUAUCUGUUGAGAUUGUUCUGAGUUUGGCUGCUCUCGUGGGGACUUUGACAUGAUAAAUCCGUCCGUCUGUCUAUCUGUCUUUGUGUGUUCCGUCUGUCCGUCCAUCUCUGUGUGUCUAAUUGUCUGUCAGUGUGAGUCUACCUUUUGUUUGUUUGUUUAUCUGUGUCCACCUCUGUCUCUGCUUGUCUUUGUCUACUUGUCUGUGUGUCCAUCUGCCCGUCUCUAUACAGUUUUUGUAUGAUGUCAUACUUUUGUGAUGUCAUAUGUGUAAUGUCAUAUUUAUUUGAACUUGCGUUCGUUGACAUUGUGGAAGGGAUCUGGAUCAGCCUAGUGAUUGGUCAGUGGGUCUUUCAGCAAAGCAUUAUGAUUGAUUUAUUUACCGGCAUGUACAACUCCUAUUUAACGACUGGAGUAGAGUAGUCUAGCUUUUUAAAAAAUUAGUUAAAAUAAAAAAGUAACUUAUAUUGACAAUAAUUGAAAAAAAGUUCCAAGACUAUCUGUAAUUAUUUAGAUACUGGUUCAGUCCCAAAUGGCACCAUAUUCCCUACAUAGUGCAUUACUUUUGAUCAGGGCCUAUAGGGCUCUGGUCAAAAGUAGUGCACUAUAUAGGGAAAGGGUUGCCAUUUGGGUCGCAUCCACUUUGUUUGACUGAAAAGAAUGCAUGUGUGUAUCUAUGGAUUGGCUGCGUGAGUGUUCCGAUGAUGACUGAGUGACAGCUGCUCAAGCACCUCUUUUCCAAUAAGAGGGCCUGCUUACCCUUUCUCCUCCAAUAAUAUCCCUUUGUGCAUGUGCCAAGCACCCACCCCCAUCUCUGUAUUCUGCUCCAAAUUUAUGACCGUUAUUUUCUGUAACAAUAUAAUACCCCUGAUGUACUUUGAUUAUUAUUACAAUUAUUAUAGCUUUGAAAUUACAGUUGAUGUUAGCAAUAAUAUAACACAUUGAUUACUAAAUAUAUGACAUUUAUUGUACGACAAAGGUGAUUAUGAUGAUCAAGAUUGACAAAGCAAUAUAAUAUAUAUAAAGAGUGCCAUAUUUUUAUUUGAAUUGUUAUAUUAUUUUUAUUGUCAAUCCAACAGUAUUACUACAAUACUACUACAGUAUACUAGUCUAAACAGUAUAUAGAGUAUAUACAGUAUCAUGGGUAUAUACAGCAUAGUAUCUACUGUAUAUAGUAUAUACAGUCUAUACUAGUAACACUACUGUACUAUUACAGUACUACUACUUCUGCAUCAUUUGUUAUGGUCGCUAGUACUUUAAAUAAUACAUUAGAAUGGCUUUGUAGAAGUAUGUAUUCAUGAAUGCCAGCUUGUUGUUUGUCAAAUUGCAACAAAAUAAAGACACCUUGCUUGUUUACCUCUAA